UCAUUUCCUGUGAAGAGAGAGAAAAAAGACCUCGUCUCACUCCCUGACCAGUAAUCUCCAAAUUCACAGCUGCCUUUCUCUUUAUUUGAUCUCCUUACGAGAACCUGUGAUUGUUUAGUCUGUUUUAUUGAUCAUGAUUACAGUGUUUUGUCUGCUCGGAUCAUUCUAGAAGAUCCAGUUUUGUAAACAUCGUUGGAGCCCAGUUUGAUGGCAGAGUGGUGGUUUUCUUUCUCUAUUGGAUCGUAUUCAGGACUUUCUGGUUUUUUGAUCUCAAUGUAGAGAUCUUUUGCCAUUAUUUAUCAACAAUCUGGAUUUUCAGCCACGCAAUUGACUUGACAUUAUUUGACCUUUCUGAAGCAAGCUGGAAAAGAGAGGCCUGGUGGAUGGGAGUGUUCGAUAUGGUGUGGCCCAAAUGUGAAAUGAUAUCCAUGCAGCUCCUAUCAACCUCACAUUAAAGUAAUAAAUGGAGAGCCCUGGGGCCCUUGGCGACAUGCUCAGACAUGCUUUUCCCUCUUUAGACUGCUCGUGUCUAAUUCAAGUUUGGUGAAACAAACGUUAUUUUUUCUCAAGGCUAAUGUCAUUAUUCUCAUUUCGGCUAUAUAACCCAUUCACUCUGCAGAUUUUUUGAACUAUUUAUGCUUUUUCAAAACGAGCUGGACUAUUUGCUGGUAAGAAAGGCGAGUUGGUCUGUUGAGGAAGUCUUGGAUUAUCUAAACAGUGAAACAUGGCAGGGGUACAUGGACUUUUAGGCCUCUGUUUACCGAGGUGCCUUCGAGGUCAUGUGGUGGUCUAGUCAAUAAGAAUCAUGUUUUCUGCACAGAUCCUAAUCCUGACCUCAUUAUAUGGAGAAUUGAUGUCUUUUUCUAAUCUUUUCUAGACUUUUCUUCAGUUCUGCACAAGGAACGGGAUCAAGGCCUCAUAAUUGUAGGAUUUUGUUUGUGCCGUUGGCCGUGGACUGCCUCCUCUCAUUCACCUGUCAUUUACAUUGUUCUUUUUGGAAACCGUCAUUUCCGUCUUUCCCUUGUGGUUGAGAAGGUUUUUGUUGAUUGAUUGACCAUAGUGAGGUUCCACUCAGUGAGGGUGAAUGAGGCCUCAUUGUGGCCAAGAUACAUGUGGUUGGAUGCUAAAGUGAAGGUUUUUUUUCCUCCUAUUCCCCACAACUUUAUUUUUAUUAACUUUUGUUAAUUGAUGGAUGUUCAGAUGUCAUUCUCUGGAUGUUCAAAAUGUUUAAGUACAGCUGAAAGUUUUGUCAACUCACUUGGUUCCUGAAGUGACAUUUUUGGUGAAAUAAUAACACUGAAUGAUGGCACCACUGGUUGCAGGUUAUUUAUGCUGUUGAUUCCGAGUUCUGUAGUUUGGCAGAGGAGGAAACAAAGACAGAAUCGGAUGCUGUUGAAGGGAUGGAGGUGUCCAUGCCACCCAAAGCAGUCCCUGAUCUAGGAUCAGUGGAGCAGACGCUGGCUGCACAGAAGAGGAAAGCACCCAGUCCUUCACAUUCCUCAAACGGACAUUCUCCCUCAGACACUUCACCCAGUCCAACAAAGAAGAAGAAGAAACCAGGAUUAGUCAACAGCAAUAAAGACCAAUGUGAGCUUAGACAUGGUCCCUUUUACUAUGUCAAGCAGCCCGCACUCACCACAGACCCUGUUGAUGUUGUACCGCAGGACGGGAGGAAUGACUUCUACUGUUGGGUGUGUCACCGCGAGGGCCAGGUGCUCUGCUGUGAGCUCUGCCCGCGCGUCUACCACGCCAAGUGCCUCAAACUGGCUGCAGAGCCUGAGGGUGACUGGUUCUGUCCAGAGUGUGAGAAAAUAACGGUGGCUGAAUGCAUAGAGACUCAGAGUAAAGCUAUGACCAUGCUAAACCUGGAACAGUUGUCCUACCUGCUCAAGUUCGCUCUACAGAAAAUGAAACAGCCGGGGACGGAGCCAUUUCAGAAGCCUGUGUCACUGGAACAGCACCCAGAUUACUCCGAGUACAUAUUUCACCCAAUGGACCUGUGCACAUUAGAAAAGAAUAUCAAGAAGAAAAUGUAUGGUUGCACGGAAGCCUUUUUGGCUGAUGUAAAGUGGAUUCUACACAACUGUAUCAUUUAUAAUGGAGGGAAUCACAAGCUAACAGCAACUGCUAAAGUUAUUGUCAAGAUCUGUGAACAUGAGAUGAAUGAAAUCGAGGUUUGUCCAGAGUGCUACCUGUCUGCCUGUCAGAAGAGGGACAACUGGUUCUGUGAACCUUGUUCUCAGCCUCACCCUCUGGUGUGGGCCAAGCUGAAAGGUUUUCCCUUCUGGCCUGCUAAAGCCCUAAGAGACAAGGACGGCCAGGUGGACGCACGGUUCUUCGGCCAGCAUGACAGAGCCUGGGUUCCCAUAAACAACUGUUACCUCAUGUCUAAGGAGAUCCCAUUCUCUGUGAAGAAGACCAAAAGUAUCUUCAACAGCGCCAUGCAAGAAAUGGAAGUUUAUGUUGAAAACGUGCGCAAGAAAUACGGCGUGUUCAACUACGCUCCAUUCCGGACACCUUACACACCCAAUAACCAGUUCCAAAUGUUGCAGGAUCCUGGUAACCCCAAAAAAGGCCCAGUGAAGCCAGAGAAACAGGAAAAAGUCAAGUUUAACUUUGAUAUGACUGCAUCUCCCAAGGUGCUCCUGGGUACUAGAACGGUGAUGCCAGGAGGACCAGGACGCCGGAUCUCUGUUACAGACAUGCCCAGAUCUCCAAUGAGCACCAACUCCUCAGUUCACACGGGGUCAGACCUGGAGCAGGAUGAACGAGGGCCGAGAGUAUCAAGUCACUAUAGUGCUGGAGAAGACUCAAUGGAUUAUACAGCGUCCCCUACCUCUCUGAAGACGAGCAACAGCCCCAAGCCUUUACUCCCCACACCGGUUAAACAGGAAAGGAGCUCAGGCACAGGAGGCAUCCUCAAUCUCAACCUUGAUCGUGUUAAAGCUGGAAUGGACCUAAAGGAGUUGAGUGAGACUGUACAACAACAACAGCAGCAGCAGCAGGGGACCUCAGUGCUUCUCACCUCUCCCAAAAAAACAACCAGGAGUUUGGAUAAAACCAUAGAGAGCUGCAAGGCACAGCUGGGAAUCGAUGAGAUCUCAGACGAUGUGUACCGCGGUGUGGAGCAUAGCGACUCGGACGACUCAGACAAAUCUGACUCCAGUGACAGUGAAUUCAUGUCUGAUGAUGAACAGAAACCCAAGAACACUAACCACAACAACAGUGUCCACAAAGACUCCAAAAAAAGACCCAGACCGCUGUCCUCCCAAGGACAAAAUCAAGAUACUGUUCCUUCAACUGGUGGAGGGACAACCAGCGGGGACAAGAAACCUGCAGAACCCCAGACUAAAGAGAAGUUAAGCGGUGGUGUGGAGAAAGACUCUCAGGAGAAGCCUAAAACACCACAGGAGACACAGAGGGAGAGGUCAAAGCCUGGGCAGGAAGGAAGGCCUGCAGGCCCAGAGGUGGAUAUGGACUCGGACUCUGAACGGGAGCUUGUGAUAGACCUCGGCGAGGAAUCAGGAGGAAGGGAAAAGAAGAAAGCCAAGCGAGAGAUUGCAUCAGCCCCCAUCUCUACACCUAAAGACCAGACAGGCGUUAAGACAGAUGGUAAAGCUCCUGCAUCUUCCAGCAUAUCAGCUCCUCCAUCCACAGAUAACACUUCAUCUUCCCCCAACCCUGGUUCAAAAGACGCAACUGCAUCAGCCAUCAAGCCGCCACCUGCUGUCACAACUGUAUCUACAACUCAAGCCACCUCCACCUCAGCUGUUCCCCCUGUUCCUGCAGCCCCAGCCACUGCCAAUGUGGUGAAGAAACAGCGCCCUCUGCUGCCCAAGGAGAGCACACAGCCGGCUCAGCGGCCUGCGGGCUGGAAUCAGCCGGGCAGUAAAUUCCAGACGUCGUCUCAGAAGUGGCACAUGCAGAAGGUGCAGAGACAGCAGCAACAGGGUGGACAGGUUCCUCCGACGCCGGUGCAGAACCAAUCACAGCCCAAGAUGCCAGCAAACAACUCCAGCACCCGCUACCAGACCAGACAGUCAGUCAAGGCUGUUCAACAGAAAGACACCGCACCUGUUAACACAGCGUCUGGUACCUCUACCGCCAGUCUGGCUGGAGACUUCCUUAACCCUCCUGCAUCCGCUGAUGUGGCCGCAGACAUCGCAAAGUACACCACCAAGAUGAUGGAUGUGAUCAAAGGAACAAUGACGGAGAUAUACAAUGAUCUCUCCAAGAGCACGACAGGGAACACCAUUGCAGAGAUAAGGCGGUUGAGGAUUGAAAUUGAGAAACUGCAGUGGCUGCAUCAGCAGGAGCUGUCGGAGAUGAAACAUAACCUUGAGUUAACCAUGGCAGAGAUGAGGCAGAGUCUGGAGCAGGAGAGAGAGAGAUUGGUGUCAGAGGUGAAGAAACAGAUGGAGGUGGAGAAGCAGCAGGCGGUGGAUGAGACCAAAAAGAAGCAGUGGUGUGCCAACUGUAAGAAAGAGGCCAUCUUCUACUGCUGCUGGAACACUAGUUACUGUGACUACCCUUGCCAGCAAGCACACUGGCCCGAACACAUGAAAUCCUGCACACAGUCAGCCACAUCAUCUCAACAGGAGACGGAAGCAGAAGCUAGUUCAGACCCAACAAAACCUGUAGGACAGUCCCCUAAAACCCAACCUUCACCAACUGCAGACAAAACUUCACCUGCAAACCGAGGACCCUCCCCCUCCACAGACAACACUAAAGCCAGUUCCUCAGUUGCUGUCUCAUAACCACAGUUACUGAGAUCAUUUUUAUUUUUUUUAAUCAUCAAAACGGUGCCAUUUCAGAGUUGAGUCAGCGGUUAAGACCAAAGGACAUUGACUCAUUUUCAACAGAGGUUUAGAGAUUUUCUUUUCAAGUGUGGUCAUGAAAUGAUGUUGGCACACUUCCCUCACCUGUUCACUACAUCAAACAACAUUAGGAUAAUGCCUAUAAAGAUUUGAUUCAUUUCUAUGUACAUUGUCAUUUCGUAUUUGUAUUUGUGACUUGUUUAGUACAAAGACAGAGACGUCCUUUGAUAUGAAAUUUGCAACCGUAAUACUGUUGUCCUUUUUUUUUUUUUAUACAUAUCAACUUUUGUAAACUUCAAAAACAAACAAAUGUGUUUGGUCUAUAUCAUUAUUAUUUUUUUCUCUAAAUGUGAAAGAUGCACUUAGAAGUGCCUCUGGAAGGGUCGGUUCACUUUAUACAAAGGUAAUCGCGAAUGAAGAGCGCGUUUGUAGAAGUUCAAAAACUUUUAUGGAAUAUGAUUGUUAGUACUCAUGAAUUGUCACUAAGUUUCUGGAAAGAUUCAAAGAUUUAUUCUCCACAUAUCUUUCAUCCGUGAAAAGAUUCUUGAUUAAAAAAAUAAGCAAAAACAAAUUUACAGAUGCAAAGGAAAAGAUUAUACUUAUUGUGGGCGUGUUUUUUUUUUUUGUUUUUUUUUUCUCCUGUCUUGUGGACUAUCUUGUUUACAUAAUGUAAAUAAAAAAAGAAUAAGCAGAGAUGAUAUCUGUACGAAAAAUAAAGUCUUCAGUGAGACACAAAACUCUGGAUGCUCUG